GGGCCGGCCGGGCCGGGCGAUGCGGCCCCGCGGAGCGCGGCAGGCGCGGCCCUAGCCCGGCCCGGCCCCAUGCCCCGGGCCAUGGAGCCAUGGCGCGGCGGGCGCCGAGCGCCCCGUCCCCGCGGCUGGCGCGGCGCGUGGUGCUGGUGCUGGCGCUGUCGCUGUCCGGCACCUACCUGUGCUACAGCCUGCUGUGCUGCUGCGCCCGCGCCCCGCGCCCCGGCCCCGGCCCCGGCCCCGGCCCCGCGCGCCCGCCCUGCCCGCCCGCGCCGCCCGCCGCCAAGAAACUUCUGCAGGAGGCGCCGCGCUGCCGCCGCCCCGCGCCCCCCGGCCCCGGCCCCGGCCCCGGCCCCGGGCCCCGGCCCGGCACCCAGCGCCUGCCGCAGGCGCUCAUCGUGGGCGUCAAGAAGGGCGGCACCCGCGCCGUGCUGGAGUUCAUCCGCGCGCACCCGCAGGUCCGCGCCCUGGGCACCGAGCCGCACUUCUUCGACCGCCACUACCACCGCGGGCUGCGCUGGUACAGGAGCUUGAUGCCCAGGACGCUGGGGACCCAGAUCACCAUGGAGAAGACCCCCAGCUACUUCGUGACCAGGGAAGCGCCCCGGCGCAUCUUCACCAUGUCGCGGGACACCAAGCUGAUCGUGGUGGUGCGCAACCCCGUCACGCGGGCCAUCUCGGACUACACGCAGACGCUGUCCAAGAAGCCCGACAUCCCCACCUUCGAGGGGCUGUCUUUCCGCAACCGCAGCCUGGGGCUGGUGGACACCUCGUGGAACGCCAUCCGCAUCGGCAUGUACGUGCUGCACCUGGAGAGCUGGCUCCAGUACUUCCCCCUGUCCCAGAUCCACUUCGUCAGCGGGGAACGGCUCAUCACCGACCCCGCCGGGGAGAUGGGCAAGGUCCAGGACUUCCUGGGCCUCAAGCGGGUCAUCACGGACCAGCACUUCUACUUCAACAAGACCAAAGGGUUCCCCUGCCUGAAGAAGACGGAGAGCAGCGGCUUGCCGCGCUGCCUGGGCAAGUCCAAGGGGAGAACUCACGUGCAGAUCGACCCCGAGGUCAUCGAGCAGCUCCGGGAUUUCUACCGGCCCUACAACAUCCGCUUUUAUGAGACCGUCGGCCAGGACUUCCGCUGGGAGUGAGCACUGGGGCACGGCGCGGCGCGGCCAUCCCUGCGGGGAGGCAACCGCGUGCCAGCCGCCCGAGCCCCCCGAUCCAGACCCGGCUUCUUCAGCCCCGCACCAAGGAUGGUGCAGGGUCCCGCCCUGACCCCGGAGACUCAGCCCUGCCCGGCAGCUCCGUGGCUUGCUUUGUCCCGUCUCAUCAUUGGCGUGGCUAGGCCCGUCCCGGGGCAGCGAGGACCGGCCGGGGGGCGCUGGGGGGUGCUUUCAACUGCGCUGUGCAGACCCAGCACUGCCCGUGCCCAGACUGGCUCUGGACCGUGCCACUGGCACGUGUGCCCAACGCGGAGCGUCCCCCGAACUGAACGUCGGGCUCUGCGGGGCCGCGCGCCUGCCCGGGAUGAAGGCUGGGCCGGGCGCUGCAGCCGCGAGCCACGGGCAGGACAAGGGCUCCCCGCUCUGGACCACGACAGCGGGGAUGUAUGAUAUGCUUGAGAAAACGUGUCCUGGCCACCCCGUGUACCGCCCCUAGUCCUGUGAAUAAAGCACAGAUUCCUGCUGUUACGGGUA